CUGUUUUUACGCAGAUCCCCCUCCUCAACAGGAUCACACUGGGACUGUUAUCUGUGCUGUCGGUGUAAUUGUAGGAGCUGUCGGAUUUGUCAUCGGUCUGUACCUGGUUAUAAAGAUACGCAGUCGGACACUUUGCAAGAACACCAAUCUUUCAAGGGUGAAGUAAAGCUCAUCCUGGACGAGUAGAGACUGCUGACUGUGUUGAUAAGUGGACCUGGUUCUUCGCUUCACCCGUUUGGGGUAAAGAUGGGACGGUCAUCAAAGGAUAAACGGGACAUUUACUAUCGUUUGGCCAAAGAGGAAGGCUGGAGAGCAAGGAGCGCUUUUAAGCUUCUACAGCUGGACGAAGAGUACAACCUUUUCCAAGGGGUAUGCAGGGCAGUCGAUCUGUGCGCCGCCCCUGGCAGCUGGAGUCAGGUCCUCAGCCGGAAGCUCAGGAAGGAAGAUCCCAACAGUUCGGAUGUCAAGAUCGUCGCCGUGGAUCUCCAGGCUAUGGCGCCGCUCCCUGGGGUUAUCCAGAUCCAGGGAGACAUCACCAAGGUGUCAACUGCUCAGGAGAUUAUCAAACACUUUGAGGGGCACGCUGCAGAUUUGGUGGUUUGCGAUGGAGCACCGGAUGUUACUGGAUUACACGAUAUCGAUGAGUAUAUUCAGGCUCAACUCCUGCUAGCGGUCAGCCAUUCGGCCCAGCAUAUUAUUGCUGCCAACACUACCCAGCCUGCGUUUGUAUUUUUUCCCCCUUAGAUCUUCCGGGGAAAGGACGUCACUCUGUUGUAUUCGCAGCUGAAGAUCUUCUUCAACGAGGUGACGUGCGCGAAGCCCCGGAGCAGCCGAAAUUCCAGCAUCGAAGCGUUUGUGGUGUGUCGCGGUUACUCCCCACCCAAGGGCUACGUUCCCAACAUGUCUAACCCCCUGCUCGACCACUGCUACGAUGUGGACUUUAACCAGCUGGAAGGCCCUAACAGGCUGAUUGUACCAUUCCUUGCCUGUGGUGACCUGAGUGCAUACGACUCUGACAAGACCUACCCCUUACAGCUGGAACCAGGCAAGGAGUACAUGUACACCCCUCCCGCCCAGCCUCCGAUCCGGCCUCCCUAUCAGGAAGCGUGCUUCUUGAAGAGGAACAACUUGCUCGCCAGGGAGCAAGCCCCCUGCCCCAAGGACAGAGCCGGGAUGCCACCUGCGGUGCCCAGCGAAGAGCCCGAGGCAGAGCAGAGAGACGUCGCCGGGGCAUUCGGAGGCCUCUCAUUGUCUGAGGACCGGUGAGAUCCCCAAAUCCCGGAGCGACUUCGAACCUCGUGCGUGUGGUUUUUUUUUCUAAUUUUUAUUAAAAGGAAAGAGGCUUGUCUAUAAUAAAGGAGGGUAACAAAAA